AAUUUUGCAAAUGACUUUUUAAGAACUUGAGUUAAAAAUAAGUGCUUGGAUGUUUUGCGCUUCAAAUAUUUAUAAGUGAGUUAGUUUUAGUGCGGUAAAAAUCAAAAUUCAAAGUCAGAGGAUUAAUGACACAUUAAACUACCUCCAGCAUUGAAAUUUGUAACAGCUUUUCAUAGCAGUCUGGAUCUAUAUAGGUUUUCAUAGCAGUCUGGAUCUAUAUAGGUUUGAAUUUAUUUAAUACUGACUUCGGAACCCAGCUUUGCCUGGAGUUCUCCUUAAUUUAUCCAAACCGCAAACUUGCUGGCACUGAAAACUACAGUGGGAGGGGGGGAUUAAUUUUCUAAGUUUGUUGAUUUUGUAGAAAGAACUAAAUGUAGGUAAAUCAAGAGAACUACUGCCAAAGUUCGUCCCAGAAUCAUGGAUUUGAGUUUCAGGAAUCCCUUAGCAUAUAAGAGAUCUAAGAGUGAGAGUCCUUUAUAUCAAGAGGAAACUGAGAGACCUGAACGCCGAAAGCUUGUGGUGGUUGGUGAUGGUGCAGCAGGGAAAACAAGUAUUCUCUGGCAGAUUUCAAAAGGAAAUAUUCCAACAGAGCAUAUACCAACCGUUGUUGAAAACUCAGUAAUUCAUUUAAGGAUUAAGAAACCGCCAUCUUUUAUCGCCAGCAGAAAUAAUAGACCUAACUCUCUAGACGAGUCAAAGAAGUCAAAUGUAAUGAUAGAUCUUGAGCUAACGCUCUGGGAUACGGCUGGACAGGAGGAAUUGGACAGAAUCCGUCCCAUCACUUAUCCAAACACUGACAUUCUUCUGCUAGUAUGUUCAGUGGAUAACCCAGAUUCUCUUUUCAAUAUAAAGGCUAAGUGGAAUACUGAAGUUAGUCACUACUGCAGGGGUGUUCCAAAAAUUCUUGUAGCAAAUAAAUUGGAUCUUGCAGACGACCCUCGAGUGAGAGCAAAAUUAAAGGAUCAAGGAUUGGAGAUUAUAACUGCUGAACAACUGGAAAAAGUUCGAAAGGAGAUAAAAGCUGACUCCGCCUUCAUAGUUUCUGCUCUCUCUGGCAUCAAUAUAAAAAAUUUGUUCGAGGCUGCAGGAGCAUUGGCCCUCAGCAAACCUAAAGCUAGAGUUAGAAAAUGUCAAAUUUUCUAAGAAAUCUGUAUUUUUAGAUUUAAACUGUUUUGUGCUACUUUUUUCAAAUUUGU